AUGCUGCUCACGUGGUGCGGGGAUGUCAAGUACCUAAACCGUAGGCGGUGUGCAGCGAUGAGAGAUUUUGAGGGUGGUCUUAUCCUGAUCGGGUUUUUGUUAGAUUUCCUCUUCAGACCGUUCAAGUCGCGGAAAGUCAGUCGGAGUUUGCAGUCGGAGUUUGCGGUAUCUCAAAUCAGAAUGGCUCCCGUCCGAUCGGUAAAAAGGCAAACGCAUCGUAGCAAGCCCGGUGCGGGCAGCGGAGUCUCUCUUCCUAAGCCCUCGCUGUUGGACGACGACUUUCGGACGACGAAGAAGGAUAAGCGCUUGAUCAAGCACUCAAGCUUUGUAUCGAAAAUCGCGAAGAACUCUGCCAAACCGAACAAACGCCGCCGAGCCUCCAAAAAACUUGUCGCCAACCUUGAAUCGUUAGCCGAUGCCUUGCCUGAAGCCGAGACGGACCCGAACGACUCCAGUCAAGUUAAUAUCAUCAAACAAAAGACUUUGAAGCACAGACCCGGUGCCAUGAAACGCAAGGAGAAGCUUGAAAAGACAGAGCGAGAUCGGUUUGCGAAGAAUAUGGCGCAAAUGUCGAACAUUCAAACAGCACCUACGCCGAGCUCAGAACCAACCGCCGACUCGGUGUCAAAUCGAUGGGCGGCUUUGCGAGGGUUUAUCUCCCAGACAAUGGAACAUCAACCUGCGUUCAAGACGAACAAGUGA